AUGCAAGGAAACACACAAUUGACCACCAACCUCCAAGAGGCAGAGAUCACAGCACUUCGUGCUGAGAACCUAAGACUGGGUGAAGAGAAUCUCAAGCUUGCUGGGGAACUCGUAAACACUUCCAAGUCCCUCAAGACUGCUGUCAAAUUCUGGAUGAAAGCGGAGGAUGAGCUGGGAAAGCUGCUGAAGCUUUCCCAGAACAAUCUUCAGAGAGAGAUGCGUGUUGAAAAGCCUAAGGACGAGGAGAAGAAGGACAAGGAGGAUACAGAGGAAGAAAGCGAUUCUGGGGCUUACGAGGACGCUCUUGACGCCCUUGAGGAAGGUGGGACUUUGGUUUGA